CAACAAUUUCACUUUAACUUCAACGUGGAAGAGAACACAGGAAACUUUCCAUGGAAGCGACAAUGCACAGAACAGUUCUGGUUCUGUUGAAGAUAGUUGUAGGGUUUUCUUGUUUCGUUAUAAUUAAUGUCAAUGGACUUGACCCAUCUCUUAAUAACUUGUCUAAUGGGAAUCACCCUGACCAAAUGCAAAAAAUGGAAGCUUCCAAGUCCUCCUCAUUUCGUCGCAAAUUGGCUUCCUCUCCCUCUCCCUCCCCUUCUCCUGCUCCUUCUCCUACCUGUCAUGCUCCAGCUGCAUCAGCAGAGGCUGCAGGGAAUGAUCGACCUCGUCCAAGAUUGAUUCAUGCGACAUCCUUUGGAGCAGACCCAACUGGGAAGUAUGAUAGCACAACAGCACUUAUAAGAGCAAUAGAAUCAGCAUUUGUUGGUUCAGGAGAAAGGUUCCUGAUGGCUAAAAGCACUAAUCUUGCUGGUGCACAUAUUAGUCUUGAGAAUGGAAAUUACAUGAUUUCCAGACCCUUGCGUUUGCCAGUUGUUGGAGCAGGGAAUCUUAUGAUUAGUGGCGGGACGCUACGAGCCUCAUACAAUUUUCCAACAGAUGGAUAUCUAAUUGAAUUAUCAGGAUCCCCUAGCUCCCAUGAAUAUGAAUACGUAACUCUGAAAGACCUGAUGCUGGACUGCAACUUCAGGGGUGGAGGGCUUUCAGUUAUAAACUCACACAGGACUAGCGUAGACAACUGUUACAUUGCACAUUUCAAAACUAACGGAAUUCUAAUCCAACAAGGUCAUGAGGUCUACAUCCGAAAUUCCUUUGUCGGUCGGCAGACUGCAGCCGGAGGUGAUUCAGGCGAAAGGAACUGUUCGGGCACUGGAAUUAACCUAAUGCAAAAUGAUAACCUAGAAGAGAGGGAAAGAGAGAGAGAUAUGGAAGCAACAAUGCAAAGAAAAGCUCUGGUUCUGUUCAUGAUAGUUGUAGGAUUUUCUUGUUUUGACAGAAUUCAUGUCAGGGGACUUGAACCAUCAUUUGAUCACUUCUCAAAUGGUAAUUACCGUGACCAAAUGCAUAAACUGCAAUUGCUCAAGUCUUCUUUAAUUCGCCGCGAAUUGGCUUCCUCUCCCUCUCCUUCUCCUACCUAUUAUGCUCCAGCUCCAUCACCGGAGGCUGGGAUGAAUGAUCCACCUCGUCCAAGAGUGAUUCAAGUGACAUCAUUUGGGGCAGAUCCAACUGGGAAACAGGAUAGCACAGCAGCACUCCUAAGAGCAAUAGAAUCAGCUUUUCAAGGUACAAGACAAGGGUCCUUGAUGGAUGGAAUCACUAAUCUUGGUGGUGCACAUAUUAGUCUUGAGGGUGGCAGUUAUAUAAUUUCCAGACCUCUGCGUAUGCCAGUUACUCGAGCAGGGAACCUUAUGAUUAGCGGAGGGACAUUACGAGCCUCAAAUGAUUUUCCUGCAGAUGGGUAUCUAAUUGAUUUAUCAGGAUCCUCUACCUCCUAUAACUAUGAAUAUAUAACUCUGAAAGACCUGAUGCUGGACUGCAACUUCAGAGGUGGAGGCAUUUCAGUUAUAAACUCACUCAGGACUAGCAUAGACAAUUGUUACGUUGCCCAUUUCAACACUGAUGGAAUUUUUGUCCAACGAGGUCAUGAAACCUACAUCCGAAACUCCUUUAUCGGUCAGCACAUCACAGCCGGAGGCGAUUCCGGCGAAAGGAACUUUUCAGGCACUGGAAUUAACCUAAUGGGGAAUGAUAAUGCUGUCACUGAUGUGGUAAUUUUUUCAGCUGGGAUAGGAGUAAUGGUUUCAGGUCCAGGUAACACGCUUUCCGGGGUACAUUGUUAUAAUAAGGCAACAGGUUUUGGUGGUACAGGAAUUUAUUUGAAGCUGCCUAAUCUAACACAGACAAGAAUUUUGAAUUGUUAUUUAGAUUACAACGGAAUUGUUGCUGAGGACCCUAAUCAACUUACCAUCACCAACAGUUUUUUUCUUGGUGACGGAUUCGUUCUCCUGAAAUCGAUAAAUGGGGUCCUGAAAGGGAUUAACAUUGUCGAUAACAUGUUUUCAGGGUCUAAUAAGGACAUUGACAUUGUCCAAUUGGAUGAAUCAAGUGGCCCUUUCACGCAAAUUGAUCAGGUUGUGGUGGACAGGAAUAAUGUGAAAGGAAUGAAACUCAGGGCAACAGUUGCUAGAGACUCUGUUCAAGGGACUGGCAUUUCCUGGACUCUUGAUUUUAAUCCAGUUCUUUUGUUUCCUAACCUUAUUGACCAUGUCCAAUACUCUCUGCUAAUUGAAAACCUUACCUCUUUUCCAAAUUAUGCUCUACGCAGUAUUUCCGAAAAUCGGGUUGUGAUCCAGUCAGAUUCUCCGGUGCCUGCUAGGGUUUUCGUCUCGGUGAAUCAAGGAUAACCAGAUUGAAAGAUGACUUGAAUUAGUGCAAUUGGGUUAUAUAUAUUUAUGGUUGAACAAUUGUUUAUACUAGAGGAGCUUGCUGCCUCUUUUUUUUUUUUUCUUUUUCUAUGCCCAAUAUAAAUGACUUAAACAUGUAUUAUUUUUAGUCAGGCUCACAAGUCACAAGCAGAAUAAAUUGUAAUUGUUGAAGAAAUUAUGCAAUUGAACAUUCCAUUAUGAGAAAUUCA